CGCCCGGUGUCCUUCACUUAUUAAUGUUCGGCAUGGGAAGUUAAAACGAUCACCAGAGUUUUUCAAACUUUGUUGCUGCUGCUUUUAUUCCAGAAUUUCAGUAAUUUCUACUUGAGUGGAUCCUUGAUGAGACGAUAACUGUUUGGAUGACCACCCAUUGUGCAUAGAUUUCUCACAGCAUACUUAAAUCUUACAAGCAUAUGACAAAGUGGAUACCUAUUUUUAAACAUGAUUCAUCAAAAUGUAUGGAAACUUUGCAGACCCAUUUAUACAUUGCAUCAUAUCAGAUGUUUGAAUACUCACACUCUUGGUAGAUAUUGGCACCAUUAUUUCAGGCUUGAACUAAAUCCUCGAAAACAAACACUGUUUAAUUUUAAAUACUUAUCAUCGUCUCUAUCACCAUCUUCCUCUUCAUCACCAUUGUCAUUGUUAUCAUCAUGGACUUUUGUUCGCCACUUGGCAUUUCAACAAGGUAAUAAUAAAAUCGAUAGAAAAGUUUACAUUGCUUACAUCAAAAGCUUGUUGCAGGAAUUCAAUGAUCUUCAGAUGCAAUAUUUGACACCGAAGGACGAGACAGGCCUCUCACAUUAUGAAAAUGAGAGGUACAAGCAGCUAAUGCCUGUUGCAUUGAAGAUUCAGGACAUGUUUACAAAAGAGAAGGAACGGGAAGAACUCAUCGAACUUUUACUUGAUCCUUCUGCAGAAGACAAAGAUCUUGAAACAAUAGUCAAAAGUGAGACUGCUCAUUACAAUGAAACUAUUCAGCAACUUGAUGAUGAGAUAAAAAGCUUGUUAAGCGUCAGUUCAGGCAGGUCAGCUUCUGAUGUAGUUGUGGAAGUCUACCCUGGAGUCGGUGGCCAGGAAUCACAGCUAUUUGCCAAAGAGAUAAUCGAGCUGUACUUCAACUAUGCACAUUAUAAAGGAUGGGCCUUCUCAUUGGUUAAUGAAGAUCGGAGUGAUAUUGGUGGUAUACGUAAAGGUACUGCAAUGAUAUCAGGAGAUGAUGCUUACAAUUACAUGAAGUUUGAAGGAGGUGUCCAUCGGGUCCAACGAAUUCCUAAAACAGAGAAAGGAGGACGUGUGCAUACAAGCACAGUGACAGUUGCUGUGUUGCCUCAACCAAAAGAUAUUGAUAUUGCCUUGAAUCCUAAGGACCUACAGAUAACAACAUGUCGAGCUAGCGGUAGUGGAGGACAACAUGUAAACACGACAGACAGUGCUGUACGCAUUGUUCAUAUCCCAACUGGAAUGGCAGCAGAAAGCCAACAGGAGCGGUCGCAGAUGAAGAAUAAAGAAAUUGCAAUGAAAUUAUUACAGACAAGGUUAUACCAAAAACAGUUACAACAACAGGAACAAGAGAUCCAAUCCAGUCGUAAAACACAAAUUGGAACGGCUGGUCGAUCUGAGAAGAUUCGAACAUAUAAUUUCAACCAGGACCGAAUAACUGACCAUCGACUUUCAUAUAACAUACAUAAUUUAUCACAGUUUUUCACAGAUGGACAAAUUUUGGACAAUUUAUUAGAGGAUUUACUCUGUCAAGAAAAAGAGGGCUAUUUGCACCAGAAAUUAGAAGAGUUUUCUCUAUCUAUGCAAAAAACAUGAAAAGCAAUCCCUUUUUUUGAUCAGAGGCAUAAGAAAUCAUAUUGAUUCAUGUUAUUAGUAAGUUAUUUUAUAAAUGCAUUAAAAUUCAA